AGCGCAUAUAAAACGGCUCGUGUUUUCUUGAGAAGCUACAUUCCUCGAAUUAAAGCACUGGAAAGUGAGCGGAGCUCCGGACCAUAAAAAUGAAUUGCUUUGCCGUGUUCUUGGUUGUCGCCAUCGCCAUGACUGCGCAGGGUAUACCAUCAGCCAGAUCCUUUGGCUCAUCGCAGCAUCCAGGGCACAGCGUUCCUGCCCGCCAUCACGACGCGAACCAGCAUCGCGCUUUUCCGGGCGCUCAGCGCCAGACCGUUGACCACGGACGACAGGUUAUGGGGGAACAUGACUCUUUCGUCUCCCUACUUGCCAGCCAAAUUGUCAAGGUGCCUGUUGGCCAGUCGAGUGCACAGCCAGCUGGAGCCGGGUUCUCGUCGAUCGUGCCAUCUCCGGUCGUCGCCUCCUCGCAGGACGCGUCUUCUAAUCUUACGUCCCGCGUCAGGACGGCUGUGGACCACCUCGGAGACCCUGUUGUCACCGCCUUGCAGAACGCAUCACUCUGGCUCAACCGUACGUCGCAGCUCCACCUGAAUAAAUCCCACCACCACCCCGUUCACCACGAGCAUCAGUACCAGCAGGGCGGCCAGGCUAACCAUGCCCACCUGCACGCAGUUAACAACCACCACGAGCUUCAGCACUUGCACGGUGCCCAAGCCAACCGGCAUUCCGCUCACGAGCCCACCCACAAGGUUGACCCAGCCCACGUUCAUCUAAACCCGCAAGCGAUUCCAAACCAGGCUGUGCCGGUGACCCUCGUCUCUGCACCUGUACUGGUUCCCGCAGUGCACGCGGUCACGCUUCCCCUCAUGAACCUGUCUGCUGUUGUUCUUGCCGGCGUCGAUGUGCCCUCUCCUGACUUUUCAAUCCCCGGUCAGCAUAACGCCACAUCUCCAGUCGCCACUGCCGCCGAACCUGUCACUGCUACCUCCCAGUCUACGUCAGCACCUGCUGCCAGUGUGCUCGUUGGCCGCACUGGUGCAUUAACCAUUGCACCUAGUACGGGCACCCCCGAUACUCUGGUGUCGGACGUGUCCUCUCCUCCUAAAGGUUCUGACAUUAUCGCUACUUCGACCCGUCCUGAAAACCUCGACGACGCGACGGGAACAAGCGGCACGCCGACGUCUAUAAUCCAUCACACAGCACGCCCUGAUUACUCUGGCCUUCCUUUGAAAAUUCACAGUCGUGCCUUGUCCAACGCACGUGGCACGGACACACCGUACCGUGCGGCGUUGGACUAAUCCUCCCGUACUGCAGCGUCUGACAAUAUCACGACUUCGGUCUAGUCUAACCGGAAACCUCGACGCCGCAACGGGAAGGGGCAACACGCCGGCCCUGUAAUCCCCCCCCCCCCCCCCUCACCAAAUGCCCGGAGCAUUAGACCCCCGACCAAAAUUGGUCUGAAGCAGCGGGACGGCUCACCUUUGACUAGUCUUCCGCUUGCUUGCAGUCAUAUUUGCUUUAUAUAUAGGAAUUUCGCCAUUAAGGCAGUGAAAUUUUAGCGUUCUUCUUUUGCAUCGACAGGCACUGCAUAUAUAGCUGCAAUAAAGCGACCGUUUUUAUACAUGUA